GUCACAUACCCCCUACCUAGUACCCCACCUUAUCCCAACAUCCCUCCCUUGAAAACAAACAAAGAAAGAAAGGAAGGAAGGAAAGAGAGAAAGAAAGAAAGAGAAAAUGCCCCCAAGAUGCUUCAUAAUCCGACACGGCGAAACGGAAUGGUCCCUCAAUGGCCGACACACAGGCACCACUGAUCUGGCGCUGACAGCCAACGGAGAGAAGCGGGUCAAGGCGACGGGCAAAGCACUGGUGGGCAAUGAUCGGUUGAUUGCGCCGCGGAAAUUGGUUCAUGUGUUUGUUUUUUUCUUUUCCUUUCCUUUCCUUUCCUUUCUCGUUUCCGUAUCUCUUUUUAUUUGGUUUGCUGGGCUAAUGGGGUUGUUCAGGUAUGUCUCGCCGCGGGCGCGGGCGCAGCGGACGCUGGAAUUACUGGAGAUUGGGUGUCGGGAGAGAUUACCCUGGAAUGAGGCGCGGAGGACCGAGGAUGAGGAGCCGAUUCGGACGGAGGCCAAGGUGGAGAUUACGGAGGCUGUGAGGGAGUGGGAUUAUGGGGAUUAUGAGGGGUUGACGAGUAAGCAGAUUAGGGAGAUGCGGAGGGAGAAUGGGGAGGGGCCGUGGGAUAUUUGGCGGGAUGGAUGUCCUGGUGGAGAAUCCCCCGAAGACGUCGUCCGCCGUCUUGAUGCCCUAAUCGCCGAUAUCAGGAAGAAGUUCCACGGUCCUUGUUUCGACAGCGAAAGCCAGCAAGGAGACGUCCUGAUUGUCGCACACGGCCAUAUCCUGCGGGCGUUCGCCAUGCGCUGGACCGGGAAGCCGUUGACCGAGACCGCGCUGAUUCUGGAAGCUGGAGGUGUGGGCACACUGAGCUACGAACAUCAUAAUAUCGAGGAACCGGCAAUUAUCCUCGGAGGAGGUUUUGUGGUCGAGAACUAAUGGGCGUGAUAUCUAUCAGUGUUCUGUUUGUUGGAUGACUUAUCCAAAACACCAAUUAGCAGUUAGAAUAGAGGUGGAAAUCGGAUGGAUGGA